AUGCCACGUACAGCCCUGACUUUGUCCGAUAAAGUUAAACUAAUCGAGUUGAAGGAGACACAAAAACUAAGUACGAAAGAACUUAUUACUAGAUUUAAAUGUGGAAAAACUCAAGUUUACGACGCGAUAAAAAAUAAAGAAAAAAUUAUGGAUGAUUGGGUAAAUAGCAAAAAUUCCGGAAAGAGCAAAAGAGUGAAAAAUCCCUUGUUUGAACAAAUUGACCAAAAGUUAUAUGAGUGGUUUAACAGCGUUCGGUCAAAAAAUUUACCAAUUUCCGGUCCAAUUUUACAAACAGAAGCUAUGAAAUUGGCUGAAAAAAUGAAUGUCAACGAUUUCAAGGCUUCGAAUGGUUGGCUAGAAAAAUUUAAAAAAAGGCAUGAUAUUGUUUGGAAACAAGUGAGUGGUGAAGCCAAUGACGUUAAUCAAGAAACUGUGGAGGAGUGGAAGCAAAAAAUCUCAAGACUCAUUGCUGGAUAUGAAGCAAAAGACGUCUAUAAUGCUGACGAAACGGGGCUUUUUUUUAAAGGUAUUCCAACUAAGUCACUUGUAAUGAAAAGUGAAUCAUGUUCUGGAGGAAAAAAAGCCAAGGAUCGCUUAACAGUGCUCAUGUGUGGUAGUAUGGCUGGAGAAAUAAGGAAGCCAUUGGUAAUAGGCAAGUCUAAAAAACCACGGUGUUUUAAGAACAUGGACAUUUCUUCAUUACCUGUCAUAUGGAAAUUUAAUAAAAAAGCCUGGAUGACUACAGAAAUAAUGGAGCAGUGGUUGCGUUAUUUUAACGCAGAUAUGCGAUCUCAGAAUAGAAACGUCUUAAUGUUCUUAGAUAAUGCUGCAUGUCACCCAAAGAUCGAACUAUCUAAUAUGAAAAUACUUAUGCUGCCCCCAAAUACUACAUCAAUCACCCAACCAAUGGAUCAAGGAGUGAUUUACACGUUCAAAUCUUACUAUCGUAAGUUUUUACUUCAAUCUUUAUUAUGCAAGAUGGAUAAUUGUUCUUCAGCCCAUCAGUUUGCGAAAUCAAUAAGUGUCUUGGAUGCUGUCAACUGGAUAGCGUUGGCUUGCAAUAAUGUGAAAGCUGAAUGUGUGCGAAAUUGUUUUCGUAAAGCCGGGUUUCUUUCAAAUGAAGGAACCAAUAUAGAUUUACCAGAAAAUGCUUUGAAAGAAAUGAAUGAGGAGUGCGUUACAGCAAAUGUUGAUGUAGAAGAUUUCAUUACAUUUGAUAGUAAAUUAGAGACGCAUCAAACUUACGAUUCGGUGACUUUUUUAGAAGACGAGGAAAAAGAAGAAGAAAACGAUGAUAAUGAUGACAGCGAGACCAAUGAUGAGCCAAAAAUAAAAGAUUUUAAAACCGCAAUCUCAUAUUUAGAAGAUUUACAAAAGUUUUCAGCCAUGAUAUCUAAUUCAAAUCUGUUAGAACUUACCACAAAAGCUCGAGAAUGUGCCGAACAUGCUGCUCUUAAACACAAAAAGCAAUCAAAUAUUAAAAAUUAUUUUUCUUAA